GUGUGUGUGUCGAGCGGUUUCCUCUCGAGUUGGUUGACUGAUCAGAAUGAGCAGAGGGUGUGAUGGGUGUGUUCUCGUUGGGUUUUUGUGGUGGCACUGGUGCUAUCAGCUUCAAGUCGUCUGUAGAACAGCACGACUGCUGCGAUGUUGUGAGGAGAGAGAGGAAGGAAAGCGUGCACGGUCCCGGCAGAGAGCUGUUGAGCCUUGCACUCGCCUUCCUGUGGCCCCGGGCUCGAGAACCUUUCAGUGUGAUUGCAGCUUGUCCAUGUGACUCGGCUUCCGUUGCCUGCCUGCCUGCGCGCUUCCGCGAAGAGUAAAACAAGGGGGCAUCGGCGCUUCAGUCAGGGCAGAGGAGCGCAGAUGAGCCUGACACUCAUGAGAACGCUCACUGCAAAAGCAAGUCAUCGUGCGGUAUGGUCAGGGGAGCAACCGUCAGUGGCUUGGGAAAUCCACACCACAUCACCAGUUGAGAUGAUAAAAUGCCAGUCCACGGGGUCCCUCUCAUCUUGCUCUGCUUGUCACCCAUGUGGAGAAUCCUGAUAGCAGUCUCUUGUCCUCGACAACACACCCCAUGCCAGCUGGCAGAAAGAACGGCUGUCUGCAAUAACUGCAAGCUCUCAAACGUACCGGAAAGCCACCGGUCGGACAUAGAGACCCUUCAGCUUGACUACAAUGAUAUUGAAACACUACAGGACACCUCUCUUCAAAGUUAUCCUUCACUAAAAUCCCUGAGUAUAGCUUUUAAUAGAUUGGUCAGAAUAGAAUCGAACACCUUUGAAAGCUCAAAAUUGUUAGAACGAUUGAAUCUUACAAAUAAUAAUCUUAACAUUGGCUAUCAAGAAACAGGCCUUGCAUUAAGAAAGCUUCCCGGUAUUAGGAUUCUAGAUCUAUCUGAGAACAAGCUUGACAAUGAAAUGGCUUCCCUGCUUCUUCAAAAUCUAACAUCCCUGGAGCACCUCUGUCUCUCCGGGAACAUCCUGAGGAGACUGGACGAGAAUUCAUUCAGGGAUCUCCACCAACUCAAAGACCUGGAUUUACAAAGAAACAUAAUAUUUGAAAUCGACGGCGCCUUCGACAGCAACGCACAACUCCAGCGACUCAACCUGGCCUUCAACUAUUUGCCUUGUCUGACCGACUUUCACAUGACCCAGCUGGUCUUUCUCAACGUCAGCCAUAACGCCAUCGAGUGGUUCAUCUCGAGACAAGAGCUGGACAGCACUUUCCAUUUAGAGACUCUCGACUUGUCCAAUAACAAACUCUUAUUUUUCCCUUUUCUGCCCAGCAAGGGCAAUUUGCGCAACCUUUAUCUGUCCCACAACAUUGUGAGUUUCUAUAAACAUUUGGCGGACAACGUUUCGUACCCAAACUCAACGUCGACUGUUGAGUUCUUUAAUGUGAACCAGUACAGCAGUAAUGUAACCGCUCAGUUGUGGAAUGAUGAUCUCUUUGGUGAUGUUUCUGCUCUGAAGGUUUUAGAUCUAAGAGGAAACCAAGUGACAUAUUUCCCUGAAGGAUUUAUUAAAAAUAUGCCGUUCCUAUCGUCACUUCACAUGAGCUCCAAUUGCCUGGAAACCCUAAAUCUUACAUCAGAGCAGUUCUCUGGAACCCUGUCUGAGCUUGACAUUAGUAACAACAGACUGAGUCAGAUCUUUGCUGAUGAAAGCACGCUUGCCUCUCUUGGCAAUUUGACAUACUUUAACCUGAGCCUCAAUGGCCUGACAGAGUUACCCUUUGGAUUAUUUUCUUCACUCCAGAGCAUCCGGUCAGUCGACAUCAGCUACAACAACGUUAACAUUUGCCUCUCCAAUGAUGUGGAAAUGAGCACGGACGCUAUCCCGGCUUGUGUGGACUGGAGGAAUAUUGUUUCCCUGAGACAGCUUUACCUGAAAGGAUGCCACCUUAAAGCCAUCCCAUCCACCGCAUUUACAGCGUUAUCACUAACACACUUAGAACUGUCUGAUAACCCCGGACUCGUUGUCCAAAACUCACUGCAAAGUUUGAGCAGGACGUUGCAGCAUCUAGGUUUAGGAAACACACAAAUACAAGACCUUGACUUCUCAGAUUUCCAGAGUCUUAAGUAUUUAAACCUUUCGAGGAAUUCUCUUGCCCAUCUCCCGCCUUCACUUCAAAAUACUGACCUGAAAGUGCUUGACUUGAGAGACAACAAACUAUCGACUAUGCCAUCUGGUCAGGCUUCUGCCCUUGCCUCAAAGCUUCAAACUGUUUUCCUCACAGGAAAUCCAUUCAAUUGCUGCCAAACUGAAUGGUUCAGGACAUUUGAAACAAUAGAGACACUCAACAUAGUUGAACUAUCAAAAAUCAAGUGUGAAGACCUCUUCCAAGUGACGCACAGUAUAGAAAACUCCCAAUCAUUUUUGUGUUUGGAAACUCGAGAUACAAUACUCUUCUACAUUCUGCUGUUUGUACCUGUGUUUGUUUCUUUACUAGGUAUCUCUGUUAUCAUACUUCUAACCUUCAAGCCGAAAAUGCUACAGAAAUCCAUCAAAAAGAAAUAUUUGAAACCUACUUCUUACUGAUACUUUAUAAACCCUGAACACAGCUAGGAUUUGUGCGGUAUAUCAUUACUAGGUGUGGGGGAUGUAUUUCCAAUGGACUUAGGAAAUAAAUUCAACUGAUUGCAAAAUUGUCUUUGAAAUAUUCAAACAGAUGCAGUGCUCUGUCUCUCACAUCACUCGUUGAUUGUGGUUCAAAACCAGGCCAUAAUCCAGGUACCACGAUGUAAAAAUGUGGCCGUGUGCUUGUGGGACUUGGUGUGAGUGUGUGUUUGUGUGUGGAUGUGUGUUUGUGUGUGGACGUGUGUUUGUGUCAGUGUGUGUGUGUGUGCGUGCGCCAAUAUGCAGAAGUAGUGUGAUGCAAGUUGUUGCUAUAAGCAGCAGAGGAAACAUGAAAUUUCCUGUUUUGCAAAGAUGUGCAGCAACUGCCCAGUUCUGUAUCUUAAAGAGGAGGGGUUUGCGGUUUCCUUCCCAUCAGAGACAAAGAUUCAUCAUCAACAUGAGAUUCCAAUUUGUCCCGUGAUGUGUUGGUCAUAACCUGCACACCAAUUCUGGUAAACCUAGUCUCCCACACAACUUCUAUUAACUGAAUAAGUUAUCACGUAUUGCUCAAAGGUUUUGAUUAUCAUGGAAAUUAAACAACAUUUCUAUAUGAUUGUUGUGUAAAGCUUUUCAUUUCUCAACCUUUGCAUGCCAUGUGUUUAGCUGCUCAUAGGUGAAUAGGCU